CCCAAAGUGACUCUUCCGACGGGAGAUUGAGAAUCCGCAAUGUUGUCACGACUUCGAUUUCGCCCUUUCUCAGGUACUUCAUUUCUGAAACCGUCCAGAUUUUCUCGGCCGUUAUCGUCGACGGGUUCAUGGGGAAAAGAUGGUGAAUUGAACAAAGUCUCUGCGACGGUCACCCAACCGAAGUCUCAGGGGGCUUCUCAAGCUAUGUUGUAUGCGACUGGGUUGGAGCCAGAGGACAUGAAUAAGGCGCAAGUCGGAAUUUCAUCGGUGUGGUAUACGGGGAAUCCAUGUAAUAUGCAUCUAUUGAAACUGAACUUCAAGGUUCUGGAGGGAGUGCGUAAGGCUGGGUUGGUCGCGUACCAAUUCAACACCGUUGGUGUCAGUGAUGGUAUAUCUAUGGGAACCAGUGGGAUGAGAUACUCUUUACAGUCCCGAGAUUUGAUUGCCGAUUCAAUCGAGACCGUAAUGGGCGGCCAAUGGUACGACGCAAACAUUUCAAUUCCUGGCUGUGAUAAAAACAUGCCGGGUGUGAUCAUGGCCAUGGGCAGAGUCAACCGACCAUCCCUAAUGGUCUAUGGUGGAACCAUCAAGCCCGGACACUCCAAAUGUCAAGGUGGCGCUGAAAUCGACGUCGUCUCCGCCUUCCAGUCUUAUGGUCAAUUCCUGACAGGCGAGAUUAACGAGGAAACCCGCUUCGAUAUCAUCCGAAAUGCGUGUCCCGGAUCCGGCGCCUGUGGAGGAAUGUACACGGCGAACACCAUGGCAACGGCUAUCGAGUCCAUGGGGAUGACGCUUCCGGGGUCGUCUUCCAACCCGGCUGAGUCGCGGGAGAAGAUUCGGGAAUGUAUUGAUGCUGGAGCGGCGAUCAAGAAUCUCCUUGAACUUAAGAUGCUGCCGAGGGAUAUCAUGACCCGCGCCGCGUUCGAGAAUGCCAUGGUUGUGGUCAACAUUACUGGAGGGUCUACUAAUGCGGUUCUCCAUCUGAUUGCCAUCGCCCACUCCGUAGGCGUGAAGCUCACAAUUGACGACUUCCAGUCGGUCUCAGAUAGAAUCCCCCUCUUGGCAGACUUGAAGCCCUCGGGAAAGUAUGUAAUGGCCGAUAUCCACAAGAUCGGUGGAACGCCAGCGCUGCUCAAGUUCUUGCUCAAGGAAGGGCUAAUCGACGGAUCCAUCAACACCGUUACCGGAAGGACCCUCGCAGAUAAUCUCAGGGAUGUGCAAGGUUUUCCGCCCGACCAGGACAUCAUCCGCCCUCUGUCAAACCCAAUCAAGAAGACCGGCCACAUCCAAAUCCUCCGUGGUAGCCUCACGCCCGGGGGCUCAGUGGGCAAGAUCACCGGAAAGGAGGGCCUCCACUUCCGUGGUAAGGCCAAGGUCUACGAUGGAGAGGACCACUUCAUCCACGCCUUUGAACAUGGCGAGAUCAAGAAGGGCGAAAAGACGGUUGUGGUAAUCCGCUAUGAGGGUCCCAAGGGAGCGCCCGGAAUGGUGGAAAUGCUCAAGCCUUCUUCAGCUAUCAUGGGUGCUGGCCUAGGACAGGACGUCGCCCUUAUCACCGACGGUCGCUUCUCCGGCGGAUCGCACGGGUUCCUGAUCGGGCAUAUAGUCCCGGAAGCACAGGAGGGCGGUCCUAUCGCGUUCGUCAAGGAUGGCGACGAGAUUGUCAUUGAUGCUGAGAAGCGGUUGCUGGAUUUGGAGGUCAGCGAGCAGGAGUUGGCGGAUAGGAGGAAGCAGUACUCUCCUAAGCCUUUAAAGUAUACCCAGGGUACACUAUACAAAUAUGCCAAACAAGUUGCGGAUGCUAGUCACGGGUGUAUCACCGAUGCUUAGAAAGUUUAUGGAGUCUCUGUAGAUUAUAUGUCGUGGUCAGCCGUCCUGUGACCAGUGAUAGACCCUUGGGUACAUGCAAAAGUGAUUUAUU